AUGUCCGUCGAGGAAACUAGUACAGAAGUUAUAUUGACGCACCCGGAAAACAAGCAAACUUCGGUCAAAGUUUUGAAAUAUGGUGCUACAAUCUUUUCCUGGAUUUUGAAUGGCAAAGAACAAUUAUGGUUGUCGUCAGCGGCCAAAUUGGACGGAUCGAAGCCCGUACGUGGUGGUAUUCCAUUGGUAUUUCCAGUUUUUGGUAAGAAUGACGACGAUGAGUAUUUGAGCAAACUACCACAGCACGGAUUGGCCAGAAAUUCUACCUGGGAAUUCUUGGGCCAGGUCAGUGCUAAUCCGCCAACUGUUCAAUUUGGACUGGGCCCUGAAAACGCGAAUCCAGAGCUCAGCAAACUCUGGCCUUUAGACUACUCUUUGAUUCUAACAGUGGAAUUGGGAGCAGAACAUCUGAAGACCCACAUUGAGGUGAAUAACACUUCGAGUGAUCAAUUGUUGAAGUUCAACUGGUUGUUCCACACUUAUCUUAAGAUUGCUGAUAUAGAAGACACCAUGGUUUCGAAUUUGACCGGUACGAAGCUGUAUGACCAAAUGUUAAAGGAGUCUUACGUUGACAAGCAGCCCGUGGUUUCGUUUCACGAAGAGCUGGACAGAAUUUACCAGGAGGUGGACAGCGACCGUUUGAUCCAGGUCAUUGACAAGGGUCACCCGGUGCACACCAUCAAGAGACACAAUCUACCAGACGCUGUGGUUUGGAACCCAUGGGUUAACAAGUCGAAGGGAAUGGCUGAUUUCGAACCUAAGAGUGGGUUUCAAGAAAUGGUGUGCGUCGAGCCAGGUCACGUCCACGACUUCAUAGAGUUGCAACCAGGCAAAACCUGGGAAGCUUACCAGCUGCUCUACAAGGAUAGUCUAAACUAUCAAGUAGUCUAA